GGCAGGCGGCGCGUGAAGAAGGAAUGAAGCCUGUCUUGUCAGUUUAAGUCAUUCAUCUGCGUCCCUACAGCUGUUUUUACAAAUAAGCUAAAGUUAGACACGAAGUAAUUAAUCGCAUCAUUACGGAGUUUAAAAGGUCGAGAAACGAACCUCUGCUGUUUUCAUAUUAUUUUUAAAGUCAUCUUUAAACGAUGUGGACGUUCCUGGGAGUCGCGACCUUCACAUUUAUUUACAAAAAGUUGGACCUGUUUCAGGCUCUGGUUCGUAAGGAGUUGCUCCUGUCAGCUAUCUUGUUUAUUGCAGCCGGACUGCUGCUUUCGUACGUGAGGUUUUUUCAUGGACACAAACGCUCAGUGUAUCGUGUUGUCAGUUUACCUUUAAGGUUUUUUACUUUCUUACCUCUAGUCAAACAUUUAGUUCCUCAAACAGAAACACAGAACAACAGGAAGGCAGAGAACAGCAAAAAGAAUAAGAGAAGAGGAGCAGCAGAUUCCCAUGCAUCUGAGCAUGGCUCUCCCCGUGGCCCCUCAAAGGACCCAGGGCCAGAUGUGGUGAUAGUUGGGGCCGGGGUCCUCGGUUCUGCCAUGGCUGCUGUUCUGGCUCGGGAUGGGAGGAGGGUGACGGUGGUGGAACGGGACCUGAAAGAGCCCGACAGAAUAGUCGGAGAGCUGCUGCAGCCAGGAGGGGUCAAAGCUCUUGGGGAGUUGGGAUUGGAAGGUUCAGUGGAGGGUCUAGAUGCUCAUCAGGUGAAUGGCUAUGUGAUCCACGACGUAGAAAGCCACACAGCGGUAGAGAUCCCCUACCCUCAGGUGAAGGGCAGCAUCCAGACAGGAUGUGCCUUCCAUCAUGGUCGCUUCAUAAUGGGCCUGAGGCAAGCAGCCAAAACAGAGCCAAAUGUCACGUUCAUAGAAGGCACUGUGACCAGUUUGCAGGAGGAGAAUGGCCGUGUAACUGGAGUCCAGUAUUUGGAUAAAAACACUGGAAACAUCAAGGAGAUCCACGCAGCUCUGACUGUGGUGGCUGACGGCUGCUUCUCCAAAUUCAGAAAGAAUCUGGUCACUGGGAAAGCUCGCAUCUCCUCUCAUUUUGUUGGAUUCCUCAUGACGGACUGCUCCCAGUUUAAGGUCAACCAUGCUGAGCUGGUGCUGGCCAAUCCCAGUCCAGUUCUUAUCUACCAGAUCUCCUCCUCCCACACCAGGGUGCUGGUAGACAUCAGGGGAGAGAUGCCUCGGGAUCUCUCCCAGUACAUGGCUGAGAAAAUCUACCCCCAAUUGCCAGAGCAUUUAAAGGAGCCUUUCAUAGUGGCACUGCAGAAUGAUCGACUCAGGUCCAUGCCUGCUAGCUUCCUCCCUCCAUCCCCCGUCAACAAACCAGGUGUUUUACUCCUGGGUGAUGCCUACAACAUGAGACACCCUCUGACGGGGGGAGGAAUGAGUGUUGCUCUCAAUGACAUUUGCAUCUGGAGGUGUUUGCUCAGAAAGAUCCCAGAUCUGAAUGAUGAUGUGGCUUUGCUGCAGGCAAAGAGAAACUUUUACUGGAAGCGGAAGUCCUCACAUUCUUUUGUUGUGAACGUGCUGGCCCAGGCCCUGUAUGAGCUGUUUUCAGCCUCUGACGAUUCUCUCCAUGAACUACGAAAGGCCUGUUUUCAGUACUUUAAGCUUGGUGGAGAGUGCAUCACAGGGCCCAUUGGACUCCUCUCUGUGCUAACUCCUAGACCCAUGACCCUGAUUGGACACUUCUUUGCCGUGGCGUUGUAUGCCACCUACUUUAACUUCAAGUCUGAAUCCUGGUUCACCAAACACAGAGCUGUGUUUAAAAGUGCAGCCAUCUUGUACCGGGCCUGCACCGUCAUGUUUCCACUCAUCUACUCAGAACUCAAGUAUCUGGUGUACUAAGUGCUCACCUGGACAGAGACAGCCCUCCAGUGAUCCUAUCUGGACUUGACUUGGGGAAGAAUAAUCCGACCAACAUGUGGGUGAUUUAGAUUUUGUGGCAUUUCUCUUGGGUGCCUUGUUUCUAAGGAGUAGUAAGUCCUAAGGGUUUUCUUGGAAGAUGACGCUGCUUUCAGGUUGAUCUUUUAUGUGUUAUUUUUCAUAAAUAAAUUAACAUGAAAGAAGUUUGCAGAAGUGCCUUGAUGAAAGAAUGCUCCGAGGGACACACCUGCUAAAUUCUUGAAUAGGAAUAAAAACCAGGAAAUAUUUUAUUGAUGGAUAAAUGUUUGAAUUUAAGUGAGGAAUUCAUCAAGAUUUCAGAAGAAUCCAAAGCACUUUGUGGUAGUUCAUACUGACUGCAUUAAUGAUUUCAUAUUGUUUUAUAUCAAGAGAUGUUUUCUGAGCUAUUAAUCUUUUUGUGUAAAAAUCACAUCAGUCCAAGUAAAACUUAACAGGUUUGCCAUCUUUUUUCCUGCUAGAUCAGAUGAACUAGCGCUCCUUAUUCAGCUGUGUAGCAUUGGAAAAGUCCAACAAGAUUAUUUGUCCACUGUAAUGUCAGAGGUCACCAGACCUUGAUUUCAUCAAGCGUUAACUGUGUGCUUUUCACCUCAAGACACAGGCUGUCUGUAACCUUGCACCAGAAGGUAGCCUUAAUAAAUUCUUUCUCCUGACUCCCUUAUCUGAGCUGCACCUCCAAGGUUCAUGCAGAGGACGAGACAUUACUCUGACUAAAAUUAUUAUUUUGGUCUCAUAAAAUUAUUUAUUUCAUUCUACAGGUUGUUUACAAUCAUGUGUUGUCUAAAGUGAUUUAAUAAAUGAUCAACAUAAAUGUU